CUUUCCUGUCACAGCCCGAAUCAGGUCUCUCCCGUCCCUUGUCAAACACCUCGUUGUUGUGUUUUUCAGGGCUUCCUCUUGGACCGAUCCCCACCGAUGUCUGUGUGCCUCCCACCGUGUGUUUCCUGAACCUUAGGACCCAGUGCCACCCAUUCCAGAACAUUCCACCACCCGGAGUAGCUGGUAUUUGCCUGGCUUUGGACUUCACGGAGUGGGGUUUAUUCAGAGUUUUUGAGGAGGACCCUGUGCAGAGUAAGAGCAAGAGUACACCUUCCCGGACUUCUCUCUCUGAAAGGCAGUGAGACGUUAAUCUCUUUCAACUGGAGCGGGUUCACUUCGUUUCUCUCCUGAGAGGAGGCCAACAGGAACUGACCCCAAGUUGCCAUGAGCUCUGCCAUCACCUGCUGUGAGCACCCCGACCCUUUGCAGAGGGGUGACAAUGUGCUCAACUGUCACAAUGAUGGCCAAGGCAGGAAGAAGGCUGGGCAGGCCAGGAGCUCCAGCAGCAGCCCGGUGAUCUACGGCAUCCUGGAUGUCCCACCGUGGUACCUCUGCAUCUUCUUGGGGAUCCAGCACUUCCUCACAGCCCUGGGGGGGCUCGUGGCAGUGCCGCUCAUCCUGGCCAAGGACCUGUGCCUGCAGCAUGACCCCCUGACUCAGAGCUACCUCAUCAGCACCAUUUUCUUCGUCUCCGGCCUCUGCACUCUCCUGCAAGUGUUUUUAGGAGUCAGAUAUGGAGACUCCUACUGA